AUGAAAUCCAGCACUUCCAGUUUAUUCAUUCUACUAAUGUUAACGAUUUCAACGGUUUUUUGUGAGAAAUGCGAAUCAAACGAAGAGUGCGACGUGAAAUGGCCGGAUGCGAUAUGUGUUCGAGGUAGAUGUCGGUGUCCUGAGAACACGAUUCGGAAGAAGAGUCCAUCGAGGGAAUGGGUUUGUCUCGCGACGAAUGAUGCAACCGGCAACUCUGGACCCCCUCUAACGUGUCCAACUCCAGAAGGAGCAGGAUACCAAGUGAUGUAUCGAAAAGACGGAGAACCCGUGAAGUGUUCGAGUAAAAAGAAACCGGAUACAUGUCCAGAUGGAUACGAAUGUAUUCAGGGAUUGUCGAUUCUGGGGGCAUUGGAUGGAGUUUGUUGUCCGGAUAGAGCCAAAACCUGUACCCACCCGAUAUUCGACCACCCCGACGACGGCUAUCUCUCCAGAUGGGGAUUCGACGGCGCCCAAUGCAUCGAAUUCAAGUGGAAUCCGGAACGUCCGUCGUCUGCGAACAAUUUCAAAUCUCGCGCCCAUUGCGAGGAUUACUGUAUCGGUUCUUCUACGAUAAAUGGGAUAAUCAAUUAUCAGACGAAUUUUCAUCUUUGA